UCCAUGCGCUCCACAAACCUUUCCAUGUUGCCAUCCAGUGCACGGACCAACCGCGCAUUUUGAACAGAACGCUCGCUCCGCACAGAGUCUUGUGCAGUUCGCGACAGCUGGCCUUUGAACUGACAUCAGAUAGUCCACCAAUCAAAGUUGCAAAUGGUGAAUUCACCAUUGAAUUGGAACCAGUAGUCCGAUACGAUUGUACAGGUAGCCUACUUGAAAAGUGCGCAUUGUUCUUCAAGAUCUGCAAAGUUGCAGCUACAUCAGUGGUCCUCAGCUCCAGACAUGGGUGUGAAGGUGCUCCAGUGCUUCCCCUGGUACAGACGCUGUAAAGAGCGAUGCAAGGCUAAACAGUGCCCCCCACCUGCAGUCCCCAGUGAGGAGAUGAAGCCCCGCCUGUCGUCCACAGUGUCGUGUGGUAGCGAGGGCGAGAGCAGCAGCAGUCUGAGUGGCUCCCAGAUCUACUUCUCCACCAAGGCUCGCCUCUCCUUCAGACACCAGAUGGACAGCAACUUCAACGCAGUGGAUGCCACCUGCUGAAUAGAUCAGCCCCGACGUGCCGAGUAGUCUUCAUUAGGCAUCAAACGGAAGAAAAAGGACUGAAAUAGGGAGGGAAUACCUGGGCUUGUCCGACAAGAAGCGCUUCCGUUGUGAAACAUUUUUGCUACGGUGUACCCUAAUGAAUACGACCCUGGUUUACAGUGCUGGGAAUGACACUUUAGUUUCUACUGAGGCAUCCCUCCUGUCAUCAUCACCAUUGCCCAAAAUUGAACUCUCGCCCCUCCACUAUGAUAUCCAUUAUUAUAGCUCAACAGAACAUAGAAUGUAAAAGACUGAGACUUGAUCUACUCAGUGGUACCUAUGUACUCGAUGUUCGUUCUCAACUCCCCCUUCAGAAGUGACUGUAAAGGAUGGAUAUAUCACAGUAGAUUGAGUUCUUCACUAGAGAAAUGCAGAAUGCACUGCUGGUGUGGCUAGUAGAGAUGGAAAAAUGUUUACUACAUCAUUACCAACCAAGUGCAUCAUUUUCCUUUUCUUUUUUUUAGGGGGGGGGGGGGGCAGGUAAAAGACCACAACUGCAAAUUCAAGUCUUUAAAAUACUAGCUGUUGAAUAGAACAAGACAAUUUGGCACUCCCAACUUUAAAUACAGGCUUUUUUGUUCUUAUCCUAACACUAUCCUAACUUGCUGAGAAAAACAUGGUGACUAGAUUUUGAUUGGUUUGACUGAUGAAGAUACUAAUGAGUUUGUGCCUUUUUACUUACCUCUUUUGAACAUUUCCUCAAUUAAAUUCAGUUUGGUGCUGGCUGUCUUCUUCUAGUGCCCUUUUCAACUGGCUGCUUGGAAUGCAUCUACACUUGAUUCAUAUCUAGAAAUGUUAACCGGCAGCUCCUCCAGCUCUUUACUUCUGAUGGCAUCUUAUGGGGAGCAUCAGUGAAUGGAGGGAAAGUCAACAGAUUGUUCUGGAAGACAUUUCAACAGUGUUUUGGUGCUUUAGUUGGGUUCUACAACCCACCCUCUCUAACAUUGAAAUAUUUUUCCUGCUUCACCUACUAGUUUAAGGAUAAUAAAUACUCAUCAUAUA